GCAGUCAGAUGAAGACAGCUCUGUUCUUUACAUGUACCGCUCUCUCUCUCUUUCAUUCAUUCUCCUCUGUCUCGCUCGUCCCGCUUUGUGCUGCUCCUGCUGCAGUUUGCUCGCCCAUGAUUAUUUCUCAUUCCUGAGGAGAGAGGGGUUUAAUGCGAUGGACCUGCUUCCCACCGACUGCUGCUGCUGCUGCUGUUUACACCGCAGCAUCAUGGGAGCUGUAGUUUCCUCAGCAGCACAGGAGGACAGCUGAUUAGCCAGGGAUUGUGGGUUUUCAGAGUUUGGAGAUGUGAGCUGGUGGGCGGACGAGGCUCAACAAACUCUCUCUCUCUCUUUCUUUCUAUUCUCUCGCUGUCUUUCGUUCUCAUGCUUUUGAACCCUCUUCUGCCCUUUUCCUUCCUCUCCUCUGCAGUUUCUUUCAUCUGAUCUCUGCAUCUUAUUCCUUUUCUUUUCCUGUCAUACUCACCAUUUUCCCACCAUUUUCUGCUCUCUGCUCCUCCUAACUCUGACCUGUCCGAGGGCAAAGGCAGAAUGGGUUGCCGUCUCACUCGGACCAAGGCUAAAACUCGUGAACCUGCUCACCACCGACACCGAGAGGAGCUUCACUACGUGGACGAGUAUGGCCAGCCGGUCACUGUGCAGGUCGAAGCUAAAAGGGGGCAUGGUCACAGGAGGCGAAGGUCCCAUUGUGCAAUUGAGUGCAGCGUCCCCACCGAGAGACACUGGGAGGCCCUGAGAGCCAUGGGGCUGAUGGAGGGAGAGGAAAGUCAGGGAGACGGCUACACUGCAGGGCCUUAUUAUGGUCACAUGACUGUGUCACCUGACCUAUACUCUCCCAAUGGUCACAUGAUGAUGCCACCUGAUGCCUACCCACCCAAUGGAUACCUCCCCAGAUCAUCAAAUGACCAGCACCCAGGCAACAACUACCUGCCCAGUGUGUCCUACAGCUUAGACCACCUGGACAGACUGGACUACCGGGGCCAAGAAAUGUUGCACUACCAGCCUAACUCUGAGAGCUGUCUGAUUGGCUGUUACGGUGCAGAAGAGGUGGACCCGAAAAUUUUUCCCAGACAGUCGGACUAUCGUCAGCCCUGGAGGUCUGAACGUCCUCUUGGCUUCCUUCCCCUCAGUGAGCUUGACAGCGGGUUAGGCUGUGGCCCCGACAGCCCACACAACCGGAUAGCGCUCUCCGAAGCUGAGACAGAUGCCAUGUCAUCACUGCCUGGCCACACCCCUUCCUCUCAAGGAUCCUCCUCUUCCUCUGAGUCCCUAAUCUCCUCCGAACCCAGCGACUCAGGCUUCCACAGUGUCAGCACUGGGGAGCACAGACGGCUACACAAGAUUCACGGAGGCCACACUCACCGGCAAGCUCACCAUCUUCGCUCAGGCCACUCCCCUCGUGAGCAGAGAGGACGCUGGGAUUUGGAGUCGAUUCCUGAGACGACUCCGAUGACCCAACCUGGAGUACCAAAAGCAUCCCAUUGCUCUGUGGGUAACAGCACGACCACAACAGUUCACUUCCACAGAGCUGAGAGGAGUCCCACUUUACCUCGUCACCGUUCACCACCCUCACCCUCUAUCGGUUGUCGUACAGAGCCUUGUCAGCGGAGGGCGCUAUGGUUGGAGCAGCAGCAGCACAGAGGAGGCGGGACUGUAGAGGGUCCAGGUAGGAGUCGAACAAUAACAGAUUUGAGUGAAGGACAGCGACGGCGCAGGGCAAGCCAUCCCAACAUGACAGAUCCAAACACAGCCCAGACAAACCAGCCAGACACAACCAGCAAUGCACUGGGGCCCAGGAGCAGGGCCAGCUAUCCCAACAACUGUCACCCUGCUAGUCAUCUGAGCAUAGACAAAACGAGUCUGACCAAUCAUCAGAACACAAUGAGAAACAGCCCAGGCUCGAACCGCAGCAGGGAGGAGGACUCGCUCUCUAAGAGCCCUGGAUCCGGCUCCAGUGGCAUGUCAGACUGGCGUGGCAUUCAGACCCUCGGGAACCGCCCUGGCAGGCCAAAGGGCACGUGCAGUCCUUUCUACAGCACUCUUGGAGCGCCGCAACAUAGUCCUCGCUCUCCACCCUCACCUCGCUCCAGACUGUCCAAUCAGAGGUCAGUCAGGAAUCAGCUGCUCAGGGCCCGAGCGUACCGUCUGGCCAGGGAACGCAGUGAGGUCACCACAGACGAGGAGGUGCGAGGAGAAGGAGGCAGACUAGGGGAGGAGGAAGGAGACGAUGGACGGUUGGCGGGGCGAUACUGGAGCCGGACGGAAAGAAGACGCCACCUGGCCCUGUCACGCCAACACCGAGAGAGGAGAGGAGGUGGGGAGGAGCAAACUGGGGGCAUUCAGGGGUCACUGUCAUCUCAGACGGUGCUGGAACUGAGCCACAUGAAGCAGAACCGACUGAGGAACAGCAAGCUGCUCGAUGAUUGGACAACGGUGGAGGAGCUGUUGACUCACGGGACUCGAGUGGAGAGCGACAGCCAGCUUUGUCCCAGCCCACUGCUGUCGGUCACUACUGUCUGAUGGGAACGCAAUACGUCAUCGUUUACUGAUCACACUGAACAAAACCGCCAAGAUCACUCAGACCCAGAUUCAUUAAAUGUGUGUGUUGGAAACAGCAAACUUCAUGGUCACUCACGCCUCAGUUACACAUAGAAAUCACACUUUAAACACAUUUCAAAACAAAACUUUGUGUAUUGGGACACAAUUUGCAAGAUUUGCCAGCAUAAAUCUCACUGAAUAUCCUUUUAAGUCCUCAUAAAGAAAAAAAUUAAGACAAAAAUUUACAUUUUCAGUAAUCAGUUCUCCAAGGUACGCUGCCAUUCAAAGAAAUAUAUAACUCUGAACAUUAGAUUACAAAUCCAUAUAUCUGGGAUUAAAAUACCAAGAAUUAAAUAUGUUUUUUCGGGAAGAUUACCUUCCUCUCUUUGCUCCAUUCAUGUUUUUUUUUUAAUGUUUAAUGGCCACGAUACACUGUCAUAAUAUUUCGUAAAUUCUACUAUAGCUACUCUAUCUGAAAGAACCGUAGAAGAUAAGCUGAUGUUGACUUGCAGGGACUAAAGUUUGAACAUUUCCGUCACACCAAGUAAAGACGUAAAGGAAAAAACUUCUGAGCCAAAAUUCUACUCAGACAUCCAAAUGGUUUCUGGUGACCCACUAAGGAUUAGAGCUUGGGUUUGGCGACACUUCAGCUUGAUGCUAAACAAGCACAUUUCAGAAACUAGAAAAAGGCGAUAACCCACCCAGAACCCUAAAUGGGUCUCCAGUUUCCCGGCGGAAGUUAAGAGGUUACAUUAGACUCACAUCACACUCUUAGUGAAUCUGGAUCUCAGCUGUGUUAUUUAAUAUCUGAUAGGAAGUUCUGACUCAUUUGAUGAUGCGUCAGAGCUCUUCAAAUGCAUCUGGGUUUAUAAAAACAACCGAAGAGCAGAAAAAAAAACGUGGUCAGAUCCAAAACGGGGGCUCAGAGGGAGAAAGCUCUCUGCAGAAAAGGCUAAAUGAACACAAAUGUUGAUGAUCAUUCCAGUCCUGGAGACAGUCAGCCUUCCUGAGCUCAGUUUCAGCAACACAACCAUCUGCAGAGAGCCUCUAAUCAAGGGCCUGCUAUAAAAAUGACUCUCUGCUGUUUUGAACGAGUAAAUAGACUCUAAAGAGCUGCAUGAGCUUCAAACUCUUAACUCGCACGAUGAACUGGUCAGAUCCUUCACACACCAGACCGCCUGCGACCGGCAUCAAAUAUCACACCACUGGAUGUGUUGCCUUGUGGAAACGUGUCUCUGCUCCUUUUCUAGUUGACCGCCUUUGUUUCUGUGCCAUAAAAUGUCAAAGUCGACUGUGUGAAGCAACAAAACUGCUCGCUCUAAGCUUGUUAGAGGAUUUCUGCACCUUUAUGAUCAAACAGCCUCUAAAUCCUCUAAGAUGCUGUUUCAACACACCGUCGUUUCACUGGCGUAUCCUGGGUGGUUUACCGUUUUAAUCUCCACGCACUCCCACAGACUCGGAGUGUAAAUAAAUGCGGCGCCAUCGAGAGGCCUCGCAAAUCUCUGUGCAGCGCUGUGUUCAGCUGAAUCUCCACUUCGCACACUUCUCACAUUUGGUUCUCCAGUCCCAAUGAUUCAUCUAUAAAUUGAUGAUGAAUAUUAUGAUUUUUGAAGCUGCAGUGCAGAACGCAUCCUGGUGUCAGAGUGUCGGAUUUGUUGAUUUUCUUUCUCUCGUAUGACAUUCUUGCAGAGUUAAGUCCAAAAUCCUAAUGUUCUGUGUUUCAAAUACGUGGGUCAGACAUGGAAAUCAAACAGGACAGAUGUAUCAUAUCUACCGUAGCCCUGAGAGCGCUCCACUGGUAACAAAUCUGUCAGUGCGCAGUUACUUUGGUAAAUAUGGAGAUCACGAUUAUUUAACACAAUUACUGACUGACUUUGGACAACUUUAUAUUUAAGGACAAAUACAAACAACAGCAGGCCGUCCACACCACGUAUGAACUUCUCAGAUCCAGGUUCGUUUUAUUCCGUUAACAAAAAGAUGUCUAUGACAUUAUUUUCAAUUUGAUAUUUUUUUGUGAAGACAUGAUACAAAAUAUCCAAUUUGACUCUUUGUUCAACACUAAAGAAUACAAAUGAAAACCCCACAUCCAAUAACACCUUCAUGCUCAUCCAUCUGUAUGUUUUUCAGUAAUCCUAACAUUCAAACUGAACCAGUUAUUUAUUUAUUGUUUGUAAAAGUCAUUAUUUGAAAACAACCUUUUGAAUUUUUAAACAUAACUCAAAUUUAAAUAUAAUGAAAUAAUGAAAGUAAAGUUUAUUUCCUGGACCCAUACGGUUCCUGGUAAACGCCUGUCUGAGUACUGAGUUAUAUUUUUAACACACAGAUAAUUAUUUUUUUUAUAUGUAACGUACCAAAAGCAUAAAACAUUUGUCCCUCAGAAAUCCUGCGGCUUCAUCGUCAUCCAUCAGUUUAUCAAAUAAAUUCUUUCUGUGUAACAUGGGACAAAGAAAAGUAACAAAUCCACACAGAGGCCACAUGCAGCACAUGGUUGGGAAUUUUGGGAAUGUUGGGAGUUUUGCAUAGAAAUUAUUACGAUUGUCCUUCAGUUUCAAAUGUUAUAAAGCAAAAUCUCCAAAUCUGCCAGCACACCUGAGAUAACAGCUUGUGACCUCACAGGUGUCCAGUUAACCAGGAUACCCAUUUUCCCUUGUUUCUCAGAGAGCGUAGGGGGCGCUCAUGAGUUAUUCCGUAAUCAGUGGAGCUCUAUGUAGAUGAAGAAAUAGACCAGUUCUACUGGAGAAAGCAUUUUUCUUUGGCGAGUUUCCAUGAUGUUCUUAAAAGACGUCUUUGAGCCAACAGAUUUACUUUUAUUUAUGUUUUAAUUUUUUUAAGAGUUUUACAGUUUUGUGUUGCAGUAAAUCUGAGAAAGCUUUACAGCUUUUGAAGUGGGACGCAACCAGUAGCUUCUUAUAUACAAAUGGAAGUUUCCAUUGUUGUUAAGCUACGCUUCCCACAACCAUCGAGAAAGUACGCCCCGUCCUUAAACGACCGAUGCAUAAUUUAGAAAAAAUAAAAAUCAAAGAGAGAUAAAAGAGUCGUUUCAUAUCAAAUCUGGCAUAUUAUCAGUGUUGUGUUAGAAAUACUAAAAUAAAAAUAGGCUUUUUGUCUUUAAACGGGUGUAAAUAAACGUGUUAGCUGUUGAGCUUCAUUUACACAUAUUCAGGAUUGGCUCACGAUCGCCCCCUACUGCUCACCUGGCUGGAUUCCUGGUGGAAAUACCAGGAAGUAGACUCUUCUAGACUGGCUCUAUUUCUAAUCUUUUAGCCGGGCCUAGCUAAGCUAACUACAUUCUGGCAAUAAUUUCAUAUCCAUUAGAGACAUGAGAGAACUAUCAGUCUUAUCACACAGGAGGCAAAAACACUAUAUUCUUGUGAGCUGUUGCAUCUGAAAUCUGUGAAAACACAACACUGAUGAUACUACACAAACACGGUACAUGAACGAGUACAGGUACAUAUCACUACACGUCAGCUGUUAGCUGCAAAUUCAGCCUAAUUAUUGUACUUUUAAUUCUGUAAACACGUAAUUGAGACUUUGUUCCAGCCUGUCAGAUUAUCAGUGAUGACGUUCAGGUCGAUUUUCAGAUCAGAGAGGAUGAUUAAAUAUCAAGAUAUCAAGGUUUCUGUUAUCUUGUCACAAGGGCUGCUGUGAGCCAAUAUGACUGCAGGCACCUUUGAAGGAAGCUGGUGGUUUCAACAAUCUAAGAAAUGUUUAUCAGGGUUAAAUGUUAUGAUUUAAUAAUGUGUCAUAAUCUAACUGUUCAAUGCAAUUUUGUUAAAUAUGAGAAAAUGUCUGUUUAUUUUCAUAUUUCAUGGGAAGAUUUGGAAGAAAGUGAGUUUCAAAGGUUGGUCCUGUCGAACGAAUAUAUCUGAGGGUUUUUUCUAAGCAGUGUGUGUGUGUGUGUGUGUGUGUGUGUG